UUCUCACGCAUUUCUCUGCAGAGCCGAUCAAGACGAAGAGGAAGAAGAAGGAAAAAUGGAGAUUUGUUCUGCGGCCAUUGUCGGUCCAAUCGGGGAAAAAAUCACCAACUGCACCGUGGAUCCAGUUUUCCGGCAGCUGGAUUAUUUGGUCCACUUUAGAAGCAAUGUGAAUAAUCUCAGUGAUCAGCGAAAGAAGCUGGUAGAAACCAGAGAUUUUGUUCAACAUGCUGUCGAUUCCGCCAAAAGCAAUGGAGAUGAAAUCGAAGGUAUGGUUGUCGAAUGGUUGAGCAUUACUAAAAAAUAUAGCGAUGAAGUCGAUAGGUUUUUCAAUGAAGCGAACGGCCGAAGUCUUCGAUGGUGGAAUAUGCUUUCGCGACAUCGAUUUAGUAGAAGAUCCACGAAGAUGGCUAUGGAGGUCGUUAAGGCCAUCGAAGAAGGGAGAUUCGAGAGGGUUGCGUAUCGUAUACCUCCACAGGGGAUUAUGAUGCUAAACAAUAGUAAGAAGUUUGAAGCCUUUGAAUCCAGGGUUCUGAUUUUGAAGGAGAUAAUUGAAGCGCUUGCUGAUGCUAAUGCGAGCGUGAUUGUGGUUCACGGGAUGGGGGGAGUAGGGAAAACAACUCUAGUUGAAGAAAUUGCAAGAUUAGUCAUCGAGGGAAAGCUUUUCGAUGCUUUAGCAAUGACGACUGUAACGCAGAUUCCAAAUGUUAAGAGAAUACAGGGGGAGAUUGCCGAUCAGUUAGGGUUGAAAUUUGAGGAGGAAAAGGAUCGAGUGAGAGCCGAUAGACUACGUCGAAGAUUAGAGAUGGAGAAGAAGGUGUUAGUGAUUUUGGAUGAUGUCUGGGCUAAGCUUGAUCUGGAAGACGUUGGAAUUUCUAGCCAUCACAAGGGAUGCAAGAUUCUUGUGACUUCUAGAAAGGAUGAUUUGUAUUUCGGUGAUUUUGGUACUCAGAAAAAUAUCAAGAUCGAUGUUCUGGCAAAAAAUGAAGCAAGGAAUUUUUUCAACAAGAUGGCAUGUGAUUUUGUUGAAUCUUCUAACGAUUCUGAUCCUGAAAUGGAAGCUGUUGCUACUGAAUUGGCAGAUGAAUGUGCAGGAUUGCCGCUUGCUCUUGCCACUGUUGCACAAGCCUUGAAAGGUAAAGGGCGGCCAAUUUGGAACGACGCCCUGCAUGAAUUGAAGUUUCCUAGCCAACCCAAUAACUACGGGGUGAACAAAGAGGCAUAUUCUUCAUUGAAAUUGAGUUAUAAAUCUCUAAACAGAGACGAAGCCAGGUCAUUAUUCUUACUAUGUAGCUUAUUUCCACAAGAUUAUCAGAUUAACAUCAAAUACUUGUUGAUGUAUGCCAUGGGUUUGGGGUUAUUAAAUGGAAUGAAUUCUCUAGCAGCAGCAAAAUGGAGAAUACUUUCUUUGGUUGAUGAACUCAAGACUUCUUACUUGUUGCUUGAUGGGGUUGAUAGCGAUUUCGUGAAAAUGCACGAUAUAGUUCGAGAUACCGCAAUUUUGAUUGCGUCUAAAAUGAAGUCCAAGUAUUUGGUAAGACAUGGUGCUGGAGAGAGUCUGUGGCCUCCAAUGGACGAGUUCAAAGAUUACACUGCAAUCUCAUUAGGAUGCAGUGAUCACUCUGAACUCCCAGAGUUUAUCUGUCCACAGCUUAGGUUCCUAUUAUUGGUGGGGAAAAGAACAUCCCUACGUUUACCUGAAAAGUUUUUUGCAGGUAUGCAGGAACUAAGAGUUUUGGACUUGACUAGCUUAUGUAUUCAGCAACUUCCAUCAUCAAUCGACCAACUGGUAAACCUUCACACAUUAUGUCUAGAUGAUUGUGUUUUGCCUGACAUGUCUAUAGUUGGUGAAUUGAAAAAGCUUGAAAUUCUUAGCUUGAGAGCAUCUGAUAUUAUUGCACUCCCUAGAGUAAUUGGGGAAUUGACCAAUUUGAAGGUUUUGAACUUGUCCAAUUGUUUCAAACUCAAGGUGAUCCCUGCUAACCUGUUAUCCAAGUUGACAGGAUUGUCUGAAUUGUACAUGGACAAUAGUUUUAAACAUUGGAAUGUAGGACAUAUGAAUGAGGGAAAUAUUAAUGCAAGGAUUUCUGAAUUAAACUACCUGCCACGGUUGACCACUCUACAUGUACACAUUCCAAAUCCCACCCUGCUACCGAAUGCCUCGGUUUUCGGGAACUUGAGUGGUUAUAGAAUACUAAUUGGAGAUGGAUGGGAUUGGUCUGGAAAGUUUGAAACUUCAAAGACUCUAAAACUCAAGCUUGAGAGAGGCAUUCAGAGAGAGGAUGCAAUUCAAGCACUACUAGAGAAUACUGAAAAUCUAUAUCUAGAUGAAUUAGGAAGUGCGAGUGCGAGGGAUAUUCUAUAUAGUUUAGACCAUAAGGGCUUUCCGAAAUUGAAGUGUUUGCGUGUCAAAAACAAUUCUGAGAUUGUGAGUGUUGUCAACUCAGAUGGUAUGCAGCAUCUACACAGUGCCUUUCCAUUGUUGGAGUCCUUGUUUCUGAAAAAUUUAGAUGAACUUGGAAGCAUUUGUCGUGGAAGACUUCCACAAAUGUCCUUCCGAAACUUGAAAAUAGUGAAAGUUGAAAGCUGUAACAGAUUGAAAUUUGUUUUCCCAUCUUUCAUGGGUAGAGGCCUUAUACAUCUUCAAAAGCUGGAAAUUAGUGAAUGUCGAGCCAUGGAAACAAUAGUUUCCAAAGGCAUUGAGACACAAAUGCAAAUCAAUGGUGAUAAGUGGGAUGAGAAGAACAAGAUUGAGUUCCCUGAAUUGCGUUCUCUGAUUCUCCAACAUCUGCCGGAGCUUAUGAGUUUCUACAGUUAUGAUAGCUUAGCAGUGCCUUCAACUAAACGGGAUUCAGAUCAAAUAAUUUCUGCCAUUAAGACUGGUUUUCAUCCACUUCUCAACCAACAGGUUUCCUUCCCCAAAUUGGAAACAUUAAAAUUACACGCUUUGAAUGCGGGAAAGAUAUGGCAGGAUCAAGUUCCUUCUAGCUUUUCUGGCGUUAAAAAUCUAACUUCUCUGAGUGUGGUGGAUUGUGCUUCAAUAAAGUAUUUAAUGACAAUCACUGUAGCACAGAGCCUUGUGAAUCUUGAACGCCUUGAAAUAAACAACUGUAAGAUGAUGCAAGCUAUAAUCAUUUCAGAAGAUAAAGAUCUGGACAACAAUCACCCUUCCAAAUCGAUUUUGCAGAACCAGAAUGUUUUUCCGAGCCUGGAGUCCCUUGUAGUCUCUCGCAUGGAUGCUUUGGAGACAUUAUGGGACAAGGAAGCUACUUCAGGAUCCUUCACAAAGUUAAAAAAAGUGGACAUUAGACAUUGCAAAAAACUGGAGACGGUCUUUCCGAAUUACAUGCUCAACAGACUCACAAAUCUCGAGCGAUUAAACGUUACAGAUUGUAGUUCCGUAGUGGAGAUAUUUGAAGUGAAAGUGCCUGUUAUCAAUGGAAAACAAGUAGCAGCCAUUGCAGCAAACCAUUUGAAAGAGUUGAAGCUGCUUCGUCUACCUAAACUAAAGCACAUAUGGAGUACAGACCCACAAAGAUCCUUAAGCUAUCCAUCUCUGCAACUUGUGCAUACAAUUCAUUGUCAAAGCCUUUUGAAUAUCUUCCCAGUAUCCAUAGCUAAGGAUCUCUUUCAACUUGAAGAGCUUAAAAUACAGUUCUGUGGAGUUGAGGAAAUUGUUGCAAAAGGAGGAGCUGAAGGAGAUGGAGAUGAAUAUGAAGAUGCGUCGUUCGUGUUGAGUGGGUUGACAUCGUUGUCUCUUUGGAAUUUGUUCGAGUUUAAGAGGUUUUAUCCAGGGAAAUAUACUUUGGAUUGCCCAUCAUUGACAUUGCUAGAUGUACGCCAUUGCAAAUCAUUCAAGUUGAUGGAAGGAACUUCAGAAAGUUCAACGCUCUCCUCCGCUCUUGAAAAGGUUGAAGAUGAUGAAUCCACCCAGAGAGGGAAGAUAGAAAGAAGAGAAGCAGAUGUGUUGAAGGAGGAGACAUCCACGAGAAAAGAAGAAAUAACGACGACAGUGCAAGAUAAUGUUGAAGCUGAGUUAAUUGAGAUAAGAGCUCAAUUGCAAGCUCUUGUGUUGGGUCAAAAUCAAAUGAUGGAACACUUGGCCCAACUUACAACAAUUGCUCGUGAGGGUAUCUCAAAGUGAUUCCUAAUGAAUGCUUUUAGAGAGACGUCAACCAAGUAAGUCACCACC